GCACUAGGCAUAUCUAAAAUUUUCUGGAAAGAUUCCAUGGAAAAAAGGGCCGACAAUCCCUUUAUUCUGAUAAUUCAUCAUUGAUUAUCCAGAAUGAUGGGAUUGAUCAAAAUUUUCUACCGUAGAAGAAAACCGAUGUAUGAAAUAAGAGAUUCUUGGCAUUGGACAUAGAAAUUCAACAAGAACAUGGUGGUCUGAAGUUGUGUCUAGUUUCUUCUGGGAAUGGAACCGACGGAGACAGACCAGAGGAACAGGUGUUCCUCUGUAGAGAGACUGGUAGCCAUAGGCUUGACGAUACUGGCAGUUGUUUCACCUCUCUAUGUCAACAGGCAAUCACCUGCAGAUGAACUUGAUGAGGAUGAGCAACCAGGCGACCUGUCCUCCUGGUUGCCUCUGCUGCUUCUUGUAUUGAUCUUGGCCAUCUUCCUGUCGCUCUACUUCGAUCAGAGCUUUAGCAGGUUUGAUCCUUACUCGAUUCACAGGGUUGGAGGCUCUUCCAGUGGAAUCAUCCUCAUUCUUCUUGUUCUAGCGUUUGUUUUGAAGUUUAAAGCUUCUGGUGCUUCUGGGGGAAUCAUUCUGAUUCUUCUGGUUCUUGCUCUUGUUUUGAAGUACAAAGCUUCUAUGGGCAACUAAGAAGCUUCAAUGAUAUUUAAAAAGAGAAAGCUGUGUCUUUUGGCUGUGUUUUAGAGAUGUAAAUCCAAUGUUUCUUGGUUUCAGAUUCAAAAUUCGACUAUAAACCAUAGAUCAUCCUGUUUUUUGAUCAUACUGAAAGGAACAAAAUGAUAUAAACCAUGGAACAAAAUUGAAAAUUUGAC